CUGAAGUUCCAGAUAAUCCAGAGCGAGGAUCAGCAUGGCGCCCCCUGCUGAAGACCGUUACUGCUGCCGGUUCCAGCCCAAUGCCUUUGACCCCUCCCGCUGCAGCUCGUGCCUGCGGCCGAAUCAUAUGCACCUCAGUGGCACCGCAGUGGAAAAUGCUUCAGAACUGGACAAUCUCCAUGAGCAGGCUGAAGGGGACAAUAAGAGCGAUGAAGAUGAGGAUGAUGAUGAUCCAGCGUCGUCGGCGGUGACAACAUGCGGCAGCAGCGAUGAUUUCAGUGAAGGUUGGAACUUUGAGUGGAAUCUGGAACGCAGCCCGAGUCCCGACUGGGAACCUGAGAACCGUGAAGCUGCUGACAUCCAACCCAGCUUUUUGAAUCAGUGGAAGGAUCUGCAGAGGAACCGAUCCCUCAGUCCUCAGAGGCCUCCUGCAGGUCAACCAGAAAUGACCCGACUGCACCCCUCCAUCCCAAGAGACACUGAAAGUUCCUGGAUGGAAGAAAGGAGGGGUAGAGACAUGUCCCGCCGUGCUUCAGAGUCCAGAAGUGGCAGGGAAAAAGAAAGUGGUUACUUCUCUCCAGAUGUGGGAAUGCAACAGAUGGAGGAUGACACCAAGCGUACCUAUCGCUAUUAUGAGAGAGGACAUCCCCUACCAAGCAACUACAUUCCUGAGCCCAAAGCCUGCGUCCCCUACCGGAAUGUAAGCCUUGGACUGCCAUCCCAAAGACGAAACCCAGAGACAUAUAUGCAGGCAACUUGGAGAAGCGAGUCCCCACAGAGGUACACGUACCACUCCAACUUCAGACGAGGAACUGACUCUGUGAAGAACUCUCCAUCGCGUCACAGCUCUUUGAGUCCAGACCGCUACAGGAUGCCAGCGGCUUCUGUGGGACCUCAGAGAGGGAGGUCCCUCAGUAGGAGUCAGGCUCAGUCUCGCUCCUCAUUGAAAGACUCCUUUCAAAUUCAGUCUAAUGGUCCUUCACGCCGCACGUCUGGCGGAUCCAGCCCUUCCCACAGCAGAUGGUCCAUGGCCUCUCACAGUGCCUCGUCUCAUAGACGCACAGAUUCGGUUCUGUUACAGAGUCCUGAAUAUGAAGACCAGAAGAUGUACAGUCGAGAGUCCAGGAGUCCGUCACAGGCUUCAAACAAGCACAGUUUGGAUUCUGAAAAACUUUACAGAAAUCUUGAGUCCAUCUCUCGUCUUUGUUUUUCUGCAGAAAGGCAGAAUUCAUAUGAAGUAUCUUUAGAGUCUCCUCCAAGCAGAACCCAUGUGAACAGUUUGGGUAACAUUCUGUCCUACAAUAGCCGAGAAGUGUCUGCAUCCGGGAAGGCCUACAGUCUACCGAGUCACGGCUCGCUAAGAGAGCCUGACCACAGGUUGAGUCAAUCCCAAGGAUCCUGGCAGGGGUCUCCACAUUCUUUACUGAAUCUCCCAUCAUCGAAUAGUUCCCCAUCAUCCAGAUGGGACGGGGCAGGCUCCGAUAAUCUUGUGGGAUCACCUACACAUGUGGCAGUCUUAGACUCUGAUAAGGCUAAUGACGGGGUUGAAGCUUGGCAGGGGUCUUCACACAAUUUACUCAGUCGCCCCCAGUCACAAGCUUCCUCUUCAGCCAGACAGGGAGCCGAGUCUCAGGGCGCUUCGCCAUUAUAUUUUGUAGACACCAUUAAUGCUAACCAGGGAGAUGGCUCUGGGCAGGAGGUUUCCCAAUCUUUACUCAGCCGCCCUCCAUCACAAGGUUCUCUGCCAGGAUGGUCAGUGGACUCGCCAGUAUGUGAAUCUCCUUCACUAGGUGUGGUAACAGACACUGUGGACCCAAUUAUCAAGGUCAGUUCUGACAGAAGCAAUAGCAGUGUCAGGCGAGGAAUGGAUGCCCUGUUGCUCCCGGAACAGAAGAAGACCAUAGUAGACCCCGAAGAGGUUGGGAUGACCAUAGACGACUACAUCAUGCUGGCUGAUAUACCCAAGAUCCAAGUAGAGUCAGAGGAAGAUUUCACAGGUAUCAGACGGAGAAAUGAGAGUCCUAGUCCCUGCAGGAACCAAAGACAAAGAUCAUACAGGCAUCAAGAUGAGACAGACGACUAUAGUCCAAGACUAAAGUUAGACGAGAGGAGGAGGGGCAGAGAGAGGGGGAGAGACAGAAGAGAAAAAUGUCCAGACCUUGAAAGUGGACGAUCGUCACGGAGACAAUCUGCUGGUUCCCUUCAUGCACAGACCUCGGAUCAAAAUGGAAGGCAGCGAUCUUUGAAAAUUAGGGAGCGAUCUCAUCCUGAGCGCCUGCAGACGCAGAUGGUGCCUGUUGAAGGGCUGGAUGUCCAGGCUGGACCAACAAGGCAAGUGGACCAGGCACUGGUUUGUCCUUGGUGAUACUUGCCUCAGAUACUAUAGAGAUUCGGAGGCUGAAGAGGUA